GAGGAAGGCGACAUAUGGCUUUUCGUUCCUUCGUAAGAUAACCUCCUCAUUUUAUUCUGGUAUAUUAUAUAUCAGUGUCAGAAGAACAAUUUUUAUUUUUCGUAAUUUGAAAUCGAGUGUAUAAUAUAUAAUUGUUCACUAUUUUGCAUUAUUGUAUUAAUUUCUAAUACUUCCAUAAUAUGACUACUUUAUUUAACGGUAAUAAUUCUGAUUCUGAUGAAGAAUUAAAAAUAAAUACGGAUUAUGCUAAAAACUAUAACAAUUGGCGGCAGAAGGAAGAAUUAAAUAAGCUAAAAACAAAAUACGGAGACGUUAAUGACGAUAAGAACUUAGAUGACAGUUCUGACAGUGAGAGUUCUUCUGAAAAAGAAGAAGAAAAUAAGCUGAUACAGCAAUUUGAUAAAGAUUUUUAUAAGACACUAGCCCUUCUAAAAAAUAAAGACCCAAAAAUUUAUAACCAAAAUGAAACAUUUUUUGACGAUACUAAUAAGGCACAGGAAGUAUAUAUUGAAAAGAAGAAGCAAAAGACUAAGAAAGAAAAAGCUAUUUUUCUAAGAGAUUAUGAAAGGAACAUUAUCGUGGAAAGGGAAGGGAAAUUUAGCGACAGUGAGGAUGAAAGUAUACUGAAAAAAGAUAAAGCAGAAACUAAAAAGAUCACAUAUGCACAAGAACAAAAAGAACUAAAAGAAAGUUUCAAAGGCGCAUUGCACGAUGAGGAAGAGGAAGAUGAUUUGUUAAAACCAAAAACCAAAUCUGAAAGUGAAAAAGCAAAAGAAGAGGCAGAUUACAAGGAAUGGUUGAAAGGACAAAGCACAAAUAUAAAUGAAAAUGAGCAGCAGGUACUUAAACCUCUGCGUGAUUUUUGGUCCAGCUCUAAUUUAGAUGCUAAUGAGAAAUUCUUAAGGGAUUAUGUGCUUAAUAAUAAAUAUCUAGAUAAAAAUACGGGAUCAGAUGACGAUGAAGAUGACGGUGAAGGCGGAAACUACGUAGUUCACGACAGUGAUGAGAAUUUGUCAGAAGAUGAGAAAAACAUCGAAAAGCAAGAAGAAUUUGAGCUUAACUAUCAUCAUAGAUUUGAAGAACCCGAUCAGGAAUUUCUUAAACGAUAUCCGCGUAGCAUGGAGAAUUCUUUAAGAAAGAAAGAUACUCGUAGAGCCGAAAAGAGAGCAGAGAUAAAAAAGAGAAAAGAAGAUGAGAAAUUAAGGAAACAGGAGGAACUUAAGCAGUUGAAAGCAUUAAAGAGAAAAGAAAUCGAAGAAAAAAUAGAGAAAUUGAAGUUGAUUACAGGGAAUGACGAUAUCCAAUUUAAUGACAUUGAUUUGGAGGGUGAUUUUAAUCCUGCCGAAUAUGAUCAAAAAAUGAAUCAAAUUUUUAAUGACGAUUACUAUGCAGUUCCCGAAGGGAAUGUCAAGCCCGAGUUUCAAGAUAUUGACGAGGAACUAGGAAUCGAGGAUACGUGGGAUAAUUAUGAUCCAAAUACAGAAAAUUUGGCAGAUGAAGAUGGAUAUGAAGGACCGCAUUGCGAGGAUCCAGAAUUUAAUAUGGAUGCGGAUUAUAAUCCAUUGAAAAGAGUUCAGGAAGAAAUGGAAAUGGAUUCUAAAAGAAGAAAACGUAAACGGAAGUCUAAGUUCGCAGAACUCAUAGCAAAAGAAAAGCCGAAAUUUGAUCCUCAACAACAUAAAUCUUAUGAAGAAUAUUUCAAUAAGUAUUACUCGUUGGAUUACGAAGAUAUGAUUGGUGACAUACCAUGUAGAUUUAAAUACAGAGAAGUUGUGCCAAACGAUUAUGGUUUGAGCAUAGAAGAGAUAUUGGUGGCCGAUGAUAAAGAAUUGAAUAAAUGGUGUUCCUUGAAGAAAGCUCUUCAGUACAAACCAGAACAUGCUGAACUAAAUGACGUCCAAAUGUAUAAACAGAAAGCCAAGAAUGAGGCGCUUAAAAGAAAGAUACUUACAAGUUUAUACAAGGAAGCCGAGGAUGACGAAGAGGGAGACAAAAAAGAGAUCGCAACUACUACCGCCGUUAAUGAAAGCAUAGAAACAAAAAAGAAGCGACGAAACAGGAAGAAAAAGACACAAAACGAUCAGAACGAUUCAGCCACUGUCGAGAUUAAUCACGAAAUAUCUAAAUAUAACAAACAACCUAAUGAAAGUGAUGAAAAGAUAAAAGGUAACGUUAAUGCAACACAAGAAAAAUCAAAGAAACAUGUGAAAUGUGAAAAGCGGAAGCCAGAGGAACAGCGUGAGCAGCCAAAGAAAAAGAAGCUAAAGAUUAAUAAGCUGGAAGAAUCUGUAAAUUCCACCGAAAAUAAAAUUCACGAAGAAGAAGAAACUACAGGCAAACCUACCGAUAAAGAAUUUUCAUCUAAAAAGAAAGUUAGUGAUCAAAAUCACAACGAGUCAAAUGUCAAACAUUCGAAGAAAACAAAGUUAAAGGAGAAGAUGAUGAAGAAGAAGCUCGACAAAAGGAAGGAGAAGAAUGGGGCAAAGGACGAAGAAAUUAGUAGUGACAUUGCUUCAUUAAAUCCGGAAAGGUUAAAGGUAUAUGGGAUAAAUCCAAAGAAACUGAAAAACAAAUUGAAAUAUGGAAAGAAGAAACAAUAACUAUGUCAUAUUGUGAAUAAAAAUAUGUACAUAUAAUUUUUUAUUAUAA